UUUUUUCUUAUGCUCUGUUUUGAUCCAAAUUUUGUUGUUGGUCUUUAUUUUUUGUGUUGUUGAUAGUGGGUCUCUCUCUUGGGGAUUUUGUGUUUUGGUUUGGUGGAAGUUAUGAGGGGAAGACUGGGAAAUAUGGAAGUUUGCGUUUUGGGUUUUCAAAGCUGGGUAGUUAGAUAGAGUUGUACUCUGUGGUUUUGGUUUUGUUUAGCUUGCUUUUUGAUAAUAGAGUGUAUAGCAGAAUGAGUGCAGUUUAUGGGCUUAAUUGAGAUAAAUUGUUUGUCUCCAGGUUCCGUUGGGCAUAGCUUUGUAAAGUAAUUAUGAAAAACUUUGUGAUAAUUUAGAUUUGUUGAGCACUGGGCAACUGCCUGUGAUAUUUUUCCUUGGGGGAAGUGAAUAAUGCCGGGAAAACCUGACAUUGGAGCCCAUCGGUUAGAUCAGAGUGCACAGAGUGUGUUGCAAUCGGCCACCUAUUCUCAACCUUGGUGGCAGGGAGUCGGAAAUGGUCCUAUCUUUAGGGAAAGCCCAUCAAAAUCAUCCUUAGUAGAGCACCUGAAUGGUUCCCUUGCUGAUGGAUCUAUCCAGUCACAAGCUAAUUCUGGCUUAGACUUAGAGAGUGGAGAAAACUCCAAUAAAGAUUCCCAUAUCGCUAUGGCAUCACAAUCUGAUGGAAGUAAUGGACAAGAUCAUGUCAAAUGCGUUCCAAUGAUGGCACCUGUUGCCAUGGGUGGACACCUUGAACCAAAUCCACAAAUGGAACUUCUUGGUCAUUCAAUUGUUUUGGCAUCAUAUCCAUAUUUGGAUCCACAACAUGGCAGGGCGUUAAGUUAUGCACCACAAGCUAUGGUACCUCCUCGAUUCUUGCAUCACGCUAGAAUGCCUUUGCCCCUUGAAAUGGAAGAAGAACCUGUUUAUGUAAAUGCAAAGCAAUUUCACGGUAUUUUGAGACGAAGACAGGCACGUGCUAAGGCUGAGCUUGAAAAGAAAGCAAUAAAAGCCAGAAAGCCAUAUCUUCAUGAGUCUCGUCACCAACAUGCUAUGAGAAGGGCAAGAGGUUGUGGAGGCCGUUUUCUAAGUACUAAGAAGCCACAAAAUAAUUCUACAGACCACACAGCAGAUAAAGAUGUAAAUUCUGGUGCUAAUCCUUCACAACAAUCUGCCACCUUCUCAGGCUCUGAAUGGUUGUCCAAAAACAAUAGUAGAGAUUUGGAUUCCUCCAGUGGUCUGCAAGAAGUAAAAGAAUAUACUAGUCAGGAGACUCGGGACAUGCAAGCACAGACAUCCUCCAAUGGUAAUGGCAAUGGCCAUGGACAGUCAUCAAUAUAUCAUCCAUCAUCAGGUGAUAUCUUGACUGGAGGCUUCUUGAGUCAGCAGAGGAAAAGCACAAAUUGGCAUGGGGUCACGAAUGCGGCCCUGCGCAUUAAUUAAGUUUCCACAUAAAGUUGUAGUGCCUCCUCCAGCACGUUUGCACCAGCAAAGAUGGAGGCAUUCGGCAUACCGGACUUGGGGUUGACAUCCUCUCUAUUGGAUGUUUCCUCCGGCAAUUCAUUCUUGGCUUUGGAUGCUCGGCAACUCAGAGCAUUUUCAUAGGUGAGGUAAGGAAGAUAUGAUGGAUCUUCCAUGGAAUUCCAUUUCACUUCCACUCACCACUUGUGUAAAAAUAGCAAAAACUUCUGUAUGUAUGCAUUAGGAAAUGGUUGAACAUGUAGUAACUACAAGUGUAAAGACUUGCUUUUGUUUGUGACAAACAAUUUACCUGCUGUCUGCUGAUGUAACCUACCAUUUAAACGAUCUUAAAGAGUUGGUGUUGGCUUUUC